AUCAGCUCAGACCUUCAAAGCUUUCUACGCCACUAUCCGCUCAUUGCGGCAGAGUACACCACCGCCAGAUGCGGAGGAUGGUGAUCUUCCAGACAAUGACUUCAUCAUGUCCAUCCUUCGUGCCAACCCUUCUCUAAGGGAUACUCGAUCAUACCUAGCCGACUUUGGUCCGCGACCCGUGAAGCCUGGUCAGCCGAAGACGCAAGCGAUGCUUUUGCCCGCUGCUGCUCCGCCAAAACCUACCGCGCCUGAGAUCCGCCCUCCAGACAUACGGCAGGAAGGGGAGUCUACGACUCAGACUGCCCCAAGUCCAGUCAUCGCCUCUAUCCUAAACCCUAUCUAUCGUCGCACAUCUCUCGUUAAACUCCAGGGGCCUUUUACCGAUCGACAGCUCGAGAGUAUUGCGCGAGGCAUGGUCUAUCUGGAGAAGCUGGGACUUGUUAGCGUUAUCGUCGUCGAAAACGACAACCUUGUGCGCGGAGAUGUUGGCGAACGAGCUGCCAUCAUAGAAGAGACGAUGCGCGUGGUCUCCGCUUUGGAGAAGCAAGGCGCGAAGGCUCGCCCCGUGCUCGGCUCUGUAGUACGAUUGGGACCAAAACCUGGAGACGAAGAUUUGGGUGGCUCCGCUCCCGUUCCUGAGGCCCACACCUCCCCCUCCGAUCUUAUCCCCAUCCGCUCAGCACUCAGGUCAGGAGAGAUCCCUGUUCUCCCUCCUCUGGCCCUCGACUCGUUUUUCCGCUCCGUGCGCGUGGACGCCAACGAUGUCGUUGCUGCUCUUGUUCGCGGUAUGGUAGAAGCUGCUGCUCAAGAAAAGAACGGAACGUCUUCGCCUAGCACUAUCGAACGCCCGGCCUUCUCGGACGAGGACAUUGACCUCACUCCCCUGCGCUUGAUGAUCAUCAACAAGGAGGGUGGCGUUCCCUCCUACGCCCGCUCUGGCUUGCCUCACCUGCUAGUAAAUCUCACGUCGGAGUUUGACUUCGUCAGGAACACCUUUGACCCUCGCUGGAAGUCCACGCAUCCCUCGGCUCUCUCCAAUCUUUCCCUCGCUCACACAUGUCUGAGUUACAUGCCUCCGACGUCUUCUGCGGUCAUGGUCUCUCACAGGUCCCCUAGUUCUCUGAUUGCAAAUCUCAUCACCAACAAGCCUGCGGUCAGUUCCAGUUUGCCUCACGCACUGCUGCAAGGGAACCGGAAGCUCGACUUCCACACGCCCACCUUACUCCGCCACGGUCUUGAUAUGCGCGUCAUCCGCUCGUCUGCAGACAUCGACAGAGUCAAGCUUAAGGUGCUGCUUGAGCAAUCGUUCAAGCGCGAACUUGACGAGCACGCCUUCUGGGACAGGCUCGACAAGUGCCUCGACUUUGUCAUCGUCGCAGGCGACUAUGCCGGCGCGGCUGUCGUGACCACCGAACAGUGCCCGUUGGGGUCCUCGGGUGCCUGGGCGCCGAUCACGUAUCUCGACAAGUUCGCCGUGCUCCCUAAUCACCAGGGCGACGGCACGGUUGACUUCCUGUGGGUCGCGCUUCAUGACGAGUCGUACGGGCUUGGUCUACCGUUCUCGGCGAACCCGAACGGUGGCAAGGAGGGCAAGGGCGAGGGCCGCGACCUCGUCUGGCGCAGUCGUGCGGACAACCCCGUGAACAAGUGGUACUUCGAGCGCAGCACGGGCCACCUGCGCAUGGGCGACUGGGUGCUAUUCUGGUGCGAUGCAGAGAAGAGGUUGAAGACCGAGGAGGGCCGCCGCGGGAGCCAGGGCCUAUCGUAUCUGGAACAUUGGGAGCACGGGCGAUUGUCUGCAUGGUCGGACGUCGUCACGAAGAUCCCUUCGAGCUGGAUGCCGAAGAAAAAAUAGAAUCCUCGAUGAGCAUGCUGGAUCUGUCUCGUCGCGGCCUGUUUAUUGUUAUUCUGGAUCAAGUCAUUGUUGGAAAUGUAUCCAUAUCACAGCCAGUUAGUCGUUACUUAAUUUAGAUGGCUGUCAUCGUAUGAACACUCACGUAGAAUUAAAUAUAUCUUGAGCUUGUUACCG